GAUGCCGAAACUUCUCAGUUCACUGGCCAUUUUGUACCUACUAGUUUUGGUUAGGAGUCAUGGCAAAACUAAAAUACCGGAAAAUAACUAUGCUAUAUCGAUACACGACCUGGGUAAACUCAUCGACUAUGAGCACUACCUACUAGGCAUCCUGCAGAACUUUUCGAAUGCCCUGCAGCAAAGAGUUGAUGCAAUAGAAUACUAUUUGAACAUGACUGAGUACGAAGAGGAAAGGAAACUUCCCGACGAUCCCUUUAGGGCUUUCCGGAUCACUCGUCGCCUGCACUCGGACUACCUCAACUGGAUGUGGUUGAUGGAGCAGCAGCCGUGGGAGACUCUGGUUAAGCACAUAACUGCCAUUGCCCCGCAAAUGCCAACAUCAAAGGACAUUGAGGAGGCCAGCAGUGGCUUGAGGCUCAUCCAGUGGACCUAUUCGCUGCCAACUGCCCAAAUGGCCAGGGGAGUUCUUCAGAGCAUCCAUCACAAGUAUGCCCCAAGUACUUCGCUCGAUGCAAUGCAGUGUCUCACGAUGGCCAGGCACAUGGUCAACCACAAGGACUUCAGUCGUGCCAAGGAGUGGUUGAUGGAGGGUUUGAAGAUGCACGAGGCGGAUGAAGAAAACGAAUUUUAUUAUUCCCAGCUCGGAACGCCCUUGGCAGACUUCUACGAGCUUUUCGUGCGGAUCCUCGAUGAACUAGGUACUCGAUUUUUGGCCAUGACUGAGCUGCAACUGGCCAUCAAGAAUUGGCCCGAAGAGGUCAGUCUGCAAAGAGCCCACUCGCGGCUAAAGAUGAAUAUUCGCAUUGGCAAGGAGCCCGCCAAAACGAAGGAGAAGAAGACUCAAGGUGCCUAUAGGAAUUGCUGCAGCACGGAAUGUCGACCUACCGCGAAGCUCCAUUGCUUGUACAACACCACAGCCUCGCAUUUCCUUCGAUUGGCCCCUCUGAAGAUGGAACUCCUGUCCCUCGAUCCCUACGUGGUGCUCUUUCACGAUGUGGUCUCUGACCAGGACAUUCUCAGCAUCAGGAACCUGGCUAAGGGCGGUCUUGCCCGCGCCGUUACCGUGACUCAGGACGGAAACGAUAAAGAGGAUCCCGCCCGCACCACCAAGGGCACCUGGCUGGUUGAGAAUAGCAAGCUGAUCCAGAGAUUGUCCCAACUGUCACAGGACAUGACCAAUUUCGACGUCCGCGACGCGGACCCCUUCCAGGUUUUGAACUACGGCAUAGGCGGGUUCUACGGCACCCACUUUGACUUUCUAGAAGAUACAGAGAUGGGCCACUUUUCGGAUCGCAUCGCCACUGCAGUAUUUUAUCUGAGUGACGUGCCCCAAGGUGGCGCCACAACAUUUCCGGAUCUCGGACUCUCGGUGUUUCCGGAGAAGGGCGCAGCACUUCUGUGGUACAAUCUCGAUCACAAAGGCGUUGGCGAUAACAGAACAGCCCACUCAGCGUGCCCCACCAUCGUGGGUUCUAGAUGGGUCAUGACCAAGUGGAUUAAUGAGCGGGAACAACUGUUCAGGAGGCCGUGUUUGACAAGCAUUUAGAAUAACUAGCAUAAAAUGCUUAAAAUAUUAUUAUAAGUGUGAGCUAUAUCAAAUUGAUCUAAGUUGCAGCUCCUGGUUUAUUAAAUCUAGUUUG